UGGGAGGAGGCGUGCCCGAUUGAAGGUUUCUGGGCCAGGAAAUCGAAACUGUGUGUGACGGGGAGAGGGGAGCUUGUAACCUCUUUGUUUUUUUUAACCGCUCGAUCGAAGAAGAGAUCCCGUAGAGAAAGAGAGCAAUCUGACGUUUACUCCGAAGUAAAUUCUCCCCCUGCACACUUCCAGACGGGAAGCGGCCGAAGGUUGCCAAAAGAUUUGAACUGACAGCACAUCUGUAUAUCUCCAAUGGGUACUCAGAAGCCUCUCCUUGUGCCCUGGCUGAUAGAGCAAUUGAACAACCAGCGAUACCCAGGUGUGUCCUGGCUCAACUCAGAAAAAACACUUUUCCGAGUGCCAUGGAAGCAUGCCUCACGGCAGAGCAUUAAUCCAAGAGAUUUUCAGAUCUUUGAGGAUUGGGCCAUUGCUAGACACCUUUACAACCCAGAAAUAGAUCCUCGGACUCCUUCAGAAUGGAAAAGGAACUUCCGCUCUGCUUUGAACCGAAAAGAGGGUAUUGAGAUGGUGGAGGAUAAGAGCACUGACCCUGAAGAUCCUCACAAAGUCUAUAAAAUCAGCGUUAAUAUUGACCACCUAAAUAAUCCAGCUGUGGAGUUUAUUCAGGCACCAUUGAUUCCAGCUGAAAAUAGGAGGUCACAGGGAAUGAGUUCAACAUUUAGUCAGGAUGAAACACAGGAGAAUGUGCCGAGUCCCUUGGAUCAUUCCAGUUUUGAUAAUGCCCUAGAAGAAGACUCUCCAAUAUGGUAUCAAACUCUAUCCAAAUUGGAUCUGGAUAGUUCUACAACACCAAUGACUCCAUUGGAACCAACCGUGGGAACCAAUGAAUUUGUUCCAUAUUCAGGAAUGGCAGCAGAAGAUACAAUUGGUUAUGGAAACCCACCUUCAUCCAGUUUAGAAUUGUAUUCACCUAUUGCCAUGAACUCACCAUUGGAACAACUGAUAACAACUCCAUUUGAGACAGAUUUUGAGGUUCGGACUUUUUAUCGAGGUCGUCAGGUGUUACACCAAGUGAUCGAUAAAGUGAACUCCCGAGGCCUGUGCUUUGUGCCUCCUGGUAUCCGUGGCAAUUAUCUUGAUUUGACAGAUGUAUCAUUGCCUGACCCUAUCAUUUUGAAUGAUAAGCUGCAAGCAGAGUACACACUUCGCCUUCUCAAAGGAGUGUCUCCAGGUGUGCUUCUCCGUAUCGAGGGAAACCAACUGUGGGGCAUGCGCAGAGGUACUUGCCAUGUCUACUGGAGCCAAUCUGAAAUUCAGGAAGAUGGCAUACAGCAUGGAAACCUACUAAAGGAAAAGUUUGUUCCCAUUUUCAAUCUGCAGCUUUUCGUAUCAGAUUUAAUUGGGUACAUGGAAGGGCGCAAUGGUUGUCCUAAUUACAAUUGGUGGUUAUGCUUCGGGGAAGAAUGGCCUGACUCCAAUUGUGUCUGGAAGAAAAAACUGAUCAUGGUACAAGUAAUUCCCAAGGUUUUAGAAACUCUUUGUGAACUGGGCAAAACUCAUGGGGCAUCAUCAUUAAAUGAUAACGAACCAGAUUUAAGGAUUUCAGAUCCUCUACAACAGCAACAAUUUUUGGAGCAGCUGCGAAAAUGGGAAGGAAAGAUGGAUACAGUUUAGAAACUAGCUAUACUGUGCUAUACUACAUGUUGUUCGAUAUCAUUCAACUACUUUUGGAUUCUUCUACAGCAGAAUGAUAUUUUUUCUUUCCUAUGAAAAGCUGAACAAUGAGAAUUGAAAUGUAGCCUGGAAUUUUUGAGUUAAUGUUUCUCUCCUCCUGCCAAGCUUCUGGUUUGGGGCCUAUAUACUGCCUGGAACCGUGAUGGCGAACCUAUGGCAUGCGUGCCACAGGUGGCAUGCACAGGGCAUGUGAGCCCCAGCCAA